AGCAAUUAAUGGCGUAGAAAGAACGUCGAUUUUUGAUUUUCCCAGUUACAGCAUUCGGCAUAAUAAUGGAAUUAAUGAACGAGCGAUCUGAACUGAAGAUUCACACGGUACAUUUAAAUAGCGCGUUGAUUAGCAUACGGGAUCUGUAAAUACAUGAUAAAUCAGGGCUGGUCAUGAUUUCAUGUUUGGUUCGGUUUACUUGGAAUUAAUUCCUCAUAUUUGUUAAUACUGAACUAUUCUGUAACCUGUUCAUAUCGAAUAAUGAAUAAGAAAUUUUGUACUGUGUUUUGGUGUGUGCUUGUAUCAAAAAGAAAAUGUGAGACAUGAUCCUAUAGUACUGUAUAGCAAGGAAUAGCAAGCGUUUGUUCAGUAAACUGAAAAAGCCACGAGACUUAGUGGGCUUAAAUACGCUCUUUAAAUACGGUCUUGUAUCAAAGUGUUUUUAUAAGCAUUAUCAUAUUUUUGCUUUUAAGCAUAUAUAUUGAUAACGUGAACUGUGUUAAAAGGAAUAAUUAAGCAUACUAAUAUAAUUUUACGUAUAGCGGAGUUUAAUAGUGGGCUAGAUAAUUGUAAUAGUGUAUUAUAUCAAUAACGGAUAUGAAAUUUAUAUUGUAUAACUAUAAUUAAUAUUUACCUGGAUAAAAGUUAUCUAUUGUAUCAACUAGCAUAUACAAACAGUGAAUAUUGGAAAACAAACAUAUCAUAUAAUAUAAUAUUUAAACUUAUAUAUCUCCAGGGUUCGUUUUUGCUAGACAUUUGAAACACUUCUUUAAAAAAGUAGGAAAAUGGUAACUUUUAUCUCAAAUCAUGUUGCUGCUUUGUUUAAGCUGGCGGAUUAGUUUACAAUACGGAAAGUUUUGAAGACAGAACUGUGAUACACAUUUUAAUAGAUUGUCGAAGGAGACGGAAGAAGAAGCCAAAGUGAAAUAAAGAAAUGACGUGUGGACAUACUAGAAAGAUAAUUUUGGAAUUCUUUAUUUUGAUCGCCGUCCUCGUUGCUACUACACUGGCUGACGUCAACGAAUAUCGCCUUAUACGUGACCUGCUGAGAAGUUAUGAUAAGAGAAUUCGACCUUCAUUGAAUGCUAGCACACCACUUAAUGUUACCUUUGGAUUUUCCCUCUCACAAAUUAUUGACGUGGAUGAGAAAAAUCAGAUACUGACCACAAACUGUUGGUUAAACCAGAUGUGGAUUGACUAUGGAUUGCGCUGGAAACCGGAGAAGUAUGGAGGACUGAAGGUUGUGAGAAUUCCGCAUGAUUCUGUUUGGAAGCCAGAUAUACUACUAUAUAAUAAUGCUGAUGUGUCGACACAUUUUUCAUCUAUUAGUUCAAACGUUAUAGUGACGUCAGAUGGAAACGUCACAUGGUUAUCUAUGGUGAUAUUUAAAAGCUCUUGUGCUAUAAACGUUCGAUACUUUCCAUUUGACGUUCAAAAUUGUUCAAUGCAAUUUGCAUCGUGGACCUACGACGGUUUCCAGGUGAACUUAGUCAUCACCACAAACGAAGGUGACAUUUCAAACUACAUUCCUAACAGUGAAUGGGAUUUAAUUAAGCUAUACGUUGAACGUAACGUGGUUUAUUAUUCCUGUUGCGUAGAGCCUUAUCCGGAUAUAACGUACAGUAUUUACAUAAAAAGACGGCCACUGUUUUAUAUCUUCAAUAUGUUUCUGCCUUGUAUACUUAUAACGCUUGUAGCAUUGCUAGGCUUUUAUAUCCCUAGCGACAGUGGCGAAAAAGUGACUAUGGGAAUAACAACAUUGCUUUCAAUGACAGUUUUCAUGAUGCUUGUUGCGGAAAAUAUGCCACCGACAUCCAACGUUCUACCCCUGAUAGGCAUAUACUAUGGUUUUACAAUUUUCAUCGUUUCAACAGCAACUGGAAUGACGGUAAUGACCUUGAAUAUCCACCACAAAGGUCACCGAGGUCACCACGUACCACAAUUUUUGAAAACAAUUUGUUUUGGGGUAUUCUCGAAAUUGUUCUGCAUGCAGAUGGAAAUACCACAUCGCCCUGGCGAACAGUACCUCAGUACAACGUAUACACCAGCAGACCCUUCUGAUGGUCAGUACAUACGGUAUAAAAUGUCAGACUCAGAAGGCACUUCUAAUGUUGAUACUUCACAUCGAAAUCAAAAUCAAACAUUUAUUUUAAAUCAACUUAGCGAACACAAUCUUUUUCCUGGAUCAAGGGUCAGGCCUGAUUCAAGCCGGACGACAUGUAAUGGCUUUGGACCCAUGAAUGGAGUCAGUCAGUCACAAUCGCCACAAAAUCUUUCACAGCCUCCUGACAAAGAACAUACUUCUGAUGAUAAUUUUGAACGAUUUUUCAUACAUGUGUUAACUAAAUUAAACUCAACUAUUGAAUUAAAUGAGAAACGUUUAGCAGAUCAAGACGAACGCGAACGAAUCAAACUGGAAUGGCAACAUGUGGCCAGAGUCGUAGACAGAAUUCUUCUUACAGUAUUUAUGAUUGUGACAUUGACAAUAACAUGCGCAAUAAUGUCUCAGUCAGAGUGAUAAUGUGGUAGACAAACUGUUGGGUCAUUGGCUUCUAACAGAUGGCGUAUGUCGAUUGGUACUUGGCAAAACGCCCAUGUCCUAAACAAGAAUUAGUGACAACGGCAUGAUUUAAAAAGUGUGAUAUUGGCAAAUGUGAUGGUUAUUUGGAGCAAAAAAUAAAACAGUGAUCAAAGAAAGGGGUGAAAUUAACAACUGCUUGAAUCGUUGCUUUGCAAAUAUGGUUCGGUAAAAGCCAUGUGCUUGGUUAUACUGUUCAUGUCAAGUCUAGCAUAUUAAACGGUAUAAACUAUAUUUUGAUGAUGACAUUGAAUGUCAAGUGUAAUAUUUGAAUCAUUGAGAGAAUCACGUAACAACUAAUGUGUGUACUGUCCGAGAUAUUGUAUGCGUGUGUUUUGAACACCUAUUCCGUAUUUAUUCUCAAAAGAAUAGGAAAAAUAUAUUGGAGAAGAUUGUCCCAGUACUUGAAACGUCUGUAAGAUAUGUUGAAAUAAAACUUCUAUAUUUUUAUAACAUGUAUGCAUGUCUAGUUACAGUGCUAUAUUUUGAUAUUUUUAACAAAAGCAUGUGUUGAGUUUGGACAGACCCAACCAAAUAGAGUUUACUAUUACUUUUGCUUUGUUGCGUUCUAUGUUUCCAAAAGAUCUUCCCUUAGAUUUUUAAUUGUUUAUAUUUUUGUAUAUAUUUGACCUUAACAAUUAUAUCACUAUUAUUUCUAUAGCAUUUUACUGCUGCUUAUGAAACUAUUUUAGAGUAAUAAUCAUUCACAUGAUUUUGCCAGUAAGAUGAAAUUACUCCAAGUUAUCAUGGUAAUUGACUUUAAUUAAGUUCUUGCAUAUGUAAAUUCAUACGCUACUGUAAUAAAAAGUGCUUAAAAUAUAAACAUUCAUAUAAUCGAUUCAGUUUAUUUCUUCUAUUAACCGAAGAAUACGGUAUGCAAGAAAAAGAAUAUGUUACUAGCUAAAGGUGCAGAUGGAAAUAUCUGGCAACUGGGUAAUUGUUUUGCGUUACCCUCAAGCUACACUUACAACCUUUUAAAUACUCUUACAUGAUGGCUCCUGGGGUGUCAUUACCUUGAACAAAUAUAGAAACAAUAAGUUCGUUUGGUAACAGAAUGGUGUACUGUAUUAGCCAUGCUAACUUAAUGGCAAUUUACACAAACAUUUUCAAAAUAAGCAAUUUUAAUAAGUUAAAGUUCGACGGUGGAGUUCUUGUAAGAUACAUGUAACACUAGGCUAAUAUCGGGCUUUAAUUGUUUAACAAUUGAUACAUCUCGUUUCUGGUAACUGGCACUGAACCUAUGAUUGUCUUUAUCAUAGAAGUUAUAUCACCAGUGGAAAUAAAAAUAUAUGAUUAUACGUUUUAUUUUCUUUUAUUUAAAAUAGUUAUUUAUCGA